GGCGGUGGUGACAGCGGGCGGCGCCCCGGGCGCAGGGCGGGUCCCCGGGCGCAGGGGGCUCCACGUGCGGGUGGGGGGCGCGGGUCCGCGGCCGGGCUGGGGCUGGCGUCUUUUGUGGCCGCCGCUCGUGCCCCGCGGCGCCCCCGCCCCGCCGGUGCGCGCGGGCGGGGACCCGGCCUGACGCCCCUCCCCUGGGAAGCUCCCGACCCCACCCGCGCGGCCCAGAUUGCGGGCCCUGCCUGCGGAAGUGCGGGCGGCAGCGCGUCUGCAGGAUCCUGUCGCUGGCGGCCGCCUCGGUGGCCUUAGGCCGUGAGCCGCGUAGAGGGAUCGCGGAAGCGGCCGGGAGCCCGGGAGGAGCGCGCGGGCCCAUCACGCCUGCCCCCGCAGGCACGCUCGCCCGGGGCGCCAGGCAGCCCUUUGUGGGCCCUAGUAGCGCCGGCAGGUGCCCCAGAUCCAGCUAGAGGUGAGCAUGGCCGAGCAGGAGCCCACCGCCGAGCAGCUGGCGCAGAUUGCGGCCGAGAACGAGGAGGACGAGCACUCGGUCAACUACAAGCCCCCGGCCCAGAAGAGCAUCCAGGAGAUCCAGGAGCUGGACAAGGACGACGAGAGCCUGCGCAAGUACAAGGAGGCCCUCCUGGGCCGCGUGGCCGUGUCCGCAGACCCCAACGUUCCCAACGUCGUGGUGACCCGCCUGACGCUGGUGUGCAGCACGGCCCCAGGCCCCUUGGAGCUGGACCUGACAGGUGACCUGGAGAGCUUCAAGAAGCAGUCCUUUGUGCUGAAGGAGGGUGUGGAAUAUCGGAUAAAGAUCUCUUUCCGGGUGAACCGCGAGAUCGUGUCUGGCAUGAAGUACAUCCAACACACAUACCGGAAAGGCGUCAAGAUUGACAAGACUGACUACAUGGUGGGCAGCUACGGGCCCAGGGCCGAGGAGUAUGAGUUCCUGACGCCCAUGGAGGAGGCGCCCAAGGGCAUGCUGGCGCGCGGCAGCUACAACAUCAAGUCCCGCUUCACAGACGAUGACAAAACUGACCACCUGUCCUGGGAGUGGAACCUCACCAUCAAAAAGGAGUGGAAGGACUGAGCCUGGCCCGGGAGACGGGCAGGGCGGACGACGGAGGGAUGUGCGCGCCCCACCCCACCCCACCCCGACCCCAUACCAAA